AUGGUGUCAUCACCGCAAGGUAUUUCCAACACUGGACUCACCAUGAGCGAUCCUGACGCCCUAGUUAGGUACGGUGUGAUGCAUCAAUCUCUGGGUCCCCUUGUACUCGCUGCCGUCAAGAUGGUCGAACAGACUGUGUCCUGCGACGCAAACUGCCCAAUCGAGCGAGGUCAAGCUCACCUUCAUAAAAGACCAAGGCUCACACAUGCGAUCACCUCAAUCACCAAUGAAAACUCAUCACCCGAAGAGCAAUUCACUGAUAUUACCCCACAUAAUGAUAAAGACUUCUACGCUCAAGCUGAGCAAUUAAACCAUUCAGAUCAAUCCACAGAAUUUGAAAAUGCGGGCCCUGAAAAGGCUUCGAUAUCUGUCCAUAACGCGAUAAUCGACAUGGAUAAACAUGGCUUCUUAUGCACCGAAAACUUGAAAUGCUUACCAUCCGAAGACAUUAACUACCUCUUGAUUAAAGGCUCUUUGAAUGUACCCGAUCAUGAUACGACUAAGGAGUUCGUUGUGAAAUACUUUGAAAAACUUCAUCCUAUGCUUCCAGUUUUGGAUGAAGCGCAAUUUUGGAGAGCCUUUCGAGGAAACACGAUGGAUAAAAUAUCUCUAUUCAUUUUUCGAGCUCUCAUGUUUGCCAUAUCACCGUUUAUGAGCCUUGAUACUUUGCAAAAAUGCGGGUUUGUCGACAAGCGAGAUGCGCGGAAGCACUUGUACAACAGAGCAAAGCUACUUUUUGAUCUCAAAGUCGAGAUGAAGCCAUCAGCGAAGGCGCAGGGAGCAGUCCUGCUUACACAUCAUACUUCAGCCAUCGCACCUUUAGCAGGAAGCUUAUGGCUGACGAGUGCCAUCGAGAAUGCCAUGCUGAUAGAUGCUCAGCCAUCACUGGUGGAAGACUAUAUCAACGAUUCUAUGAAAAAGAGACUGUGGUGGUCAAUACUACUGCGAGAUAGAAGCCUAUGCAUUGGUCUCCGUCGACGCCCUCAGGUGACCUCACUUAAUCUUCAUGGCUGUCGGGAUUGGCUCCGAGAGCAGGAUUUUGAGGACGAAAUGCAUUCUUCAGAAGUGUACGACUACCAGACAAAGGCUAUAUUCCUCUCAGCAUUGCAAGAGCAAUGCACACUAGCAAUUCUUUUGACGGACCUUGUUUCAUUGAUCUUUAAUCCUCGAUUAACCCCUACAGCGUCAUACAGCGAGGAUGAAUUUGAAAGCCAAAUGAACACACUAAAUAAAGUCACACAUUCGUUAAUUCAAUGGCACUCUAAAGCGCACUAUCCGCCAAAUCCUCGAGACAAUCGAUGUCCCCAUCCAUCCGCCGCACUAAAAAACAUGACAUUCAUGUAUUACCACACGGCUAGAGUGGAUCUGGCACAAUAUACGGCUCUUUUGAUAGAAGAGUAUCCGGGCCUUCCACGUCACAGGUACCAGCAGGCAAUGAUGAGCGUUGGAAGAGAUUUGAAGGGUGGAAUAGAUGGAUUGUCUCAAAUCAUGGAGUAUUUCAGUGUUACUGGCCAUGUGGACAACCUGCCUUUAAGCAUUCUCGCAUAUGUGGGUAUGCCGCUCGUUGUAGCCGCCAUAGACUUGAAGCUUUCACCCUCACGGACCGAAACAGCCGCAAGACAAAGGCGGCUGGAUUCAUUGAGUAAAAUUAUUCGACAUGCAGAAAGCCUAUAUGAUGUGACGGACUUCGUUGCAGCUGGGACGAAUCAUAUCCUUCAGCUAGCAUAUAUGACUACACAGAAUUUCUUCCUUGCCAGAGAAACCUUGCCGACGAAGAACAACACGGGCGAGAGAAAUGAUUCUACAGGCUGUAACAACAUGGACCAAAGUGACCUUUUCAGCCGCUCUUCUUCACCCAAACAUACCCGAGCCAAGAAUUGGUUAGACGCCUUCAUUCUAUGCCCUCGCGCCUAUCUUCUGAUCUCAACAUCUGUGGACUACAGCCUCUCCGUGGGCCGCUUACCAUACGACAACUCUCUCCCGGCACUCGUGCGGGAAAUUUCAAAUCAAUUUUCGAUGUGUCGUCUACCUUGGUCAUUGGAUGACAAACCACAUACAUAUUUUCCACAAUCACGGGUGAAUGAACGAUUGGACUCCAUAGACCUAAGGCCAACAACGGGUGAUGGUCAUUCAUGUGUGGGCGAAUCUGGCGGGAAUGCAAAUGAUGAGAAUCCAAUUCAUGAAAUUGAAUCAACCGCUGGAAAGCUCAAUGUCGGAAACCAGGUCAAUCCUGCUAGCCGAGGCAACCAGGCUGCGCAUGAUAUGUCAUCGAGCCUGGUAAAUCUUGACUUCUUCGAAAUUGAAUCGGACCCGAGAUCUCGCUCAAUGCUCACUGAAUCCUCAAUUUGGACUCUCCCAUGA